CGAACAGUCGCGUGGCUAGGAACCUACAAAUCUACAUAAUAUAUAUAUAAGAUGUCGGUGUGUGCCAGCAGCGUGGCGCCGCACGUGCGGUGCUUGCGGCGCGUCGGCUUCUGCCGCUGGGGCGCGGCGGCGCGCGCCAACCGGCUGCUGGCCACUGCAGCUCGCUCCUAUCACGUGUUCGCACUAGCAGCCACUUCUACCUAUGUCUUGCAACAGCUUAUUUAUGCUUAUCAGGAGAGAAGCGACAUGGACAAGCUGUCGCAAGUGAUGUUUGUGUUGUUGUGCCAUGUCACAUGCGUCGCCAAGCAAGUCGCCUUCCACGUGGACGCAGACCGAAUCGAUGAACUCAUCGCGCGGCUGGACGAGCCGCUGCUGAACCAGUGCGCGGGGCCACGCGGCGCGCUACUGCACGGCACUGCGCGGCGCGCGGCGCGACUGCUUCGCGUAUAUUCCGGCUGCGCAGUGGCCACCUGCGUGCUAUGGAUAGUGUUCCCCGUACUCUACAGGAUACGGGGCAUCUCAUUCGAGUUCCCCUUCUGGGCAGGCGUUUCUUACGAUCAUAAUGUUGUGUUUGGCGCAGUGCUGCUAUACUCCUUCUAUACAACCAAUUUAGUAGCGAUCGGUAACACGACAAUGGAUGCGUUCAUGGCUACAAUACUGGAUCAAUGUAAAACUCAACUUAGAAUAUUGAGGUUGAACUUCGAAACGUUGCCGGAGAGGGCGCGCGCGCUGCAGCAGUCGGGCGGCGGAGUGUACGAGGCGAGCCUGCAGCGGCUCUUUGUGGACUGCCUGCUGCACUACAACAUCAUCACUGAUACCUGCACAGUCCUGCACGACGUGUUCGCCGUGCCGCUACUCAUACAGUUUGGUGUGGGCGGCUGGAUUCUGUGCAUGGCCGCCUACAAGAUAGUCAGCUUGAACGUGUUCAGUAUCGAAUUUGCAUCAACGACGUUGUUCAUCAUCUGCAUUCUGAUCGAACUCUUCAUAUUCUGUUAUUACGGAAAUGAAGUAACAGUGGAGAGCUCGCGCGUGUCGGAGUCGCUGUACAGCAUGGAGUGGGCGCGCGCGGGGCUGUCGUUCCGGCGCUCACUGGUGCUGGUGAUGGAGCGCGCUAAGCGCCCGCUGCGCCCCGCCGCCGGCCGGGUCAUCCCGCUCUCACUCGACACAUAUGUCACGAUUUUGAAGUCAUCAUAUAGCUUCUAUGCAGUUCUACGGCAAACCAAAUAAUAACAAGGAAGAAAAAAGCAUUAUACAAGUUGACAAAACUGCACACCAUUUUAAAAUAGUACUUAUAUUAUUUAUUUGUUUAUUACCUUAUUUAUUUAUUAUGUAUGUAUUCCUUUAAAAAUGUAAUUUAAUUUUACUUUUUGUAUGUUCACUUUCAAAAUAAUCGGGUGACGCAUGAGCAGACGGACCACCUACUGGCAAGCAGUGGCGCCGUCCAAAAUCCAGGCACGCCGGUAGUACAUACCAUCAAACUUACAAUUCCUAAAAGGAUAGCAGCGCACUUGUAACUGCUGGUGUUUCCUUGCGAGUGUGCCGGUGUCGAUGCCCGGCGUCGAUUGCUUGUCAUCAGGUAGAUAAUCGAUCUGUUUGUUUCUCCAUUCCACUCUAUGCCAUAAGAAAGUUUGCCUCUCUCACACUUAAAGUAACCCACGUGAGUA